GAAUAUGACUGUAGGGAUUCCACGCACGUGACAGGUCAAUGUCUUUGUUUACAUGCUUCCAUGGCAACGAGAGGCAACACAAAUCGGUUGGGGCAAACACUGUACGUUUCGUUGUUGUUGCUGGCGCAUCUUCUGAAUUUCUCAGAAUCUUAAUUCAGUAAUUACAUUGAAAAUUCAUAACUUCCAAUAGUGUAAAAAACUAUGUACAAAAAACCUGCAAGCCCCAUGAUUUGGUUCUUAACAAGAACAAAAUAGUAUGUCAUCUGUUCUACAUGACACACCAGACAGUAUUUAAGAGUACCAUGAUUUUUAAAGUUAUGGAAUGGGUGACAGUGCUGAACCUGAACAAACAUACGUUCCCACUUUACCCCUGUUCAUAGACGAAUCGAACUGUGGGGCAGUGAACACUUUAACAUCUAACACAGAGUUAGAAUCAAAAGAAAUUUUGAUUCCAUCAUCAAGUAGCACCAAAAAUAAUGAACACAGAAGACACAGGAGGAAGGGAAGAAGAUGUACAAAUCAUACAUGUGAAAGAUGCCACAAGAUGAAAGAAGAAGUGCUUGUUCACACUUCACGUCAAAAACACCAUUAUCACCAUCGUAGAAAGAGUUAUUCACAUACCAAAUUACAUGAUAAUGCUCAAACUUUAUUACCAGAAAAUCAAAGUACAUCAACAAAUCCCUUACCUGGGGGAGGGGAACAGUCAACUUCUGAAAUUCUUGACACCUUUUCUCAAGAUGAUAUUCCUCAAGGAAAUGCUCCUGUUCAGAAAACAGAAAUUCCACAAGAAGUUCUUUUUCUGGAGAUAGAGAAAUUGAGAGCAAUUAACUAUGAUUUGAAUAGGCGAUUACAAACUAAUUUGUCCAGUACAGAUUCAGGCUGUCAGCCAAGUGCUGAGGAUGUCAUAAAAUCUAAAGAAGAUGAAAUAAAAAACCUUCAGCUAAAUAUUUUACAACUUGACAAACUUCAACAAGAUCUCCAAAGGCAACGAGAUGCUCUAAAAUCUCAGUUGGAAGAGACUAGCAAAGAACAUGUAUCAAAUGAGGGGCACAAUACUAGAAUGAAUGAACUUCAACUUGAAAAUGAAAAACUUAGUGAGGAUGUAAAAUUAUUAAAAGAAUUAGUGUGCAAAUACAAUGCUGAAUUGGCAAAUUAUCAGGAAAGAUUAAGGAAGUAUAAAGGAGAUGAUUCAGCAACACCACCUCACGUAUUGGCUUUUCCCCCUGAUUUUCAAGGCAAAGGUAGUAAUUUAGCUUGGGAAAAAAUAAACAAAGAAGCACUAGGGCCUCUGCUUCUUGCCUAUUCAGAAACAAUCCAAGAAAAAAAUGAUUUAAUUCAGGAAUUUGAAGAAAACCACAAGAAAAGUUUAAAUAAUUGUAGAACAUUGGCUGAAGAGAAUGGGAAACUUUUCCAGGAGUUAGAGGAUCUUAAAUUGAAGAAUGAAGCAAAGGAAACACAAUGGAAUGUUCUAAAGGAAGAUUCAAAAAUUACUCAUGAGCACAAUGAGUUACUGACAAUUUCAGGCAUCUCCAAGGAUUUAGAGGAAGUAUGUUCCAAAUAUCAUACUUGUCGAGGAGAUCUUUUAACUUUGCAAGGGAGAUAUACAGUACUUAGAGAAGAAUAUGAGAAGCUGAAGAAUGAUGCUGAAAGUAAAAUCCCUUAUUCAGUGCAUGCCUCAUCAGUUGCAGAGUGUCGCAAGCUAUUUGAGGAACUGAAACUGAAAUAUGAGACAGAUAAAAAAGAAAUGACCAUUAAAAUAGCAGAGUUAGAAGCUGAGAAACCUCAUUUAGAAGGCAAGUUAGCCACAGCUGAAAGUGAAAAUGAACAACUACGUCAUCGAGUACAGUCUAUGGAGAAGUCUAUUAAGAAAACACAAGUGCGAUGCGAUAGCUUCCAAGGAAAACUUGUGGCUGCCCAGGUGUCACGUGACUCUGCCAAACGGCAGCUGCAGAAGGCCAUGGCCUUUGCUGAGGAAUUGGUAGAGGAGCAGGAGCAGCUCUUGAAGCAGCUGCACAAAAAGCAAGAGGAAACUCGCUCCAUUGCAAGACUGGGAUCAACUAUUGUGUAUCGUAUGGGCUCCCUUCGCACAAAACUAAAGAGCGUUCAGGAAGGUGCAUGGCAAGAAUUGGAUGUGAUUGAAAAGCGAAUUAAGCAACAAGAGGCAGGAGUGGACCAUAUGAAGAAGGAGUAUCACCAAGAAGUUGUGCGAUUGAGGAAUCUAGUGAAACAGAAGGAGACUAUUAUUGGACGACUACAGAAAGAGAAAAGUAAAACUGAAGAAAACUUAGAAGUUGUUUGGCGUGCAGCAACUUCAGAAGACAUCCAUAUUAAAGAAACAUUAAAGCAGGUGAAUUUUCACCCAAAUACUAGCCAUGUUAAAUUUUACAAAGGAAGUGACUCAUCAAACGGUACAAUUUAAUUUCAAAAAUGUCUGAAUUAUUACUCUUUUCAUGAUUUAUACUAUUUACUUGUAGGUAACAUUAAUGUGAAAAAACUCAGGGUUUUAAGUUAUUGUAGUGAGAUUUCGUCCCAUGAAAUACAAAACAAUCAUGUGGAAUGUUGCAGAUCAGUGAAUUUGAUACUUCUAGUAUAUUCUUAGCUUAGAACUGCCAAAGAUUUAAAGUCUUAAAAAAAUAUUACUUGUAUAAGUAAUCAAAAUCCUGUAAUAGAGAUACAUAUUUUUAUUUCUGCUUUCAAGAAAAAAGCCAGCAAAAUAUAUUAUUUUCUAUAAAUAUUAGAGGCAUUACACCAGCCUGUUAUGUAAGCUGUAUAGUAUAUAGUUCAUAUAUCAGAAAUUUGAGGUAUUCUGAAAAGUUACCUGAAACUAUGGUUGUGCACUUAUUCCUGUUGAUAAUUAUUGUGAUGUGUUGUUUGCUUUUAUAUUUAUUUUUGUAAUUAGAAUAUUUUUCUAAUACUAUUCUCUAGUCAAUAUAAGAAAUAAUUGAAAUUACUGUGCUGCAAUUAGAGUUUGUCUGACAUCCAGGCAAAUUAAUUUUGCAAUGCAAUUUCAAGCUUUAUAGGAUCUUCCAGAGAGAGUAUCAUACAUAUUGAAAACUAACAGAAUGCUUCAUUUCUUGUAUGCCAAAUAUAUUGAACUGUGCAAAUAAAAUAAUAUAUCAUGUUUUCCACCAACAAAUACUAAUUGUCUCUUUAUCUUGUUCAUGAAAAUGUCGCUUAUAUUGUGACUAAAUAUAUUUAUAUUUAUUGACCUUUCCUGUGUUGUGUGUACCCAAUAAUUAUACAAAUAAAAGUUUUUUUUUUACUGAAGAAAAAAAUUG